AUGGCGAUGUGGAGCGACGUUGAGCUCCUGAUAAACGAGGAUUCAAACACUGUCCGUUUGGACAGCGUGUCGAAAGAGGAAAAUGGCAGUGGCUUAUACCAGCUGGAUACACUCGUCAAAAUCUCUUCUGCCAGUCAGGUGGAUGCAGAUCCCCAGCUUUCCUCUUUUGGUGGUUCAAACUGGAGAAUUGUUGUUGUUGACAAGACAGUGAUCAUAUUUGAUCAGAGCUAUCAGACCAUCCUGCUGCUUCUCCACUUUGAUUCUUAUGUGGAUGCCAUUGACAUUUGCCUCAAAGGGCAGUUUCUGGUGGUUUGUGAAAGAAAUGGGAAACUUCAUUUGAUUUAUGUUCCACACAAGACUAUCCUCCUCACAAGUGCUUUAGUUGACAAACCAUCCACUGAAAAUAAGAAAACCUAUCGCUAUCUCAUCAUAGAUGAGGACAAGUCAUGCCCAGGAAUAUAUCACGUGUUUCUUCUUGUAAAGGAUGGUUUUUUCCACAUUUCAAACCUCGUUUUGUCAAAGAUGGAGACAGCCAUGGAAAAAAUGGAUGCGAGCACUUUGAAAGAACUUCAAAGUCUCAUCAAAAUAGACUUUUGCUCCACAAAGGAAUACCAUAGUGAAGAUUGCAGUAAAGCAGUCAUGUUCCAUCUUGGCCUUGAAACCCACCUAAUGAUUGGGGGAGACAAAGAAAACGUCAUGACCCACUGGAAGAUGGACCGUCUUGAGGCAAAGAUGUGCUUCGCUCAGUCAUUUGACAGCAGCUUAAUUUCUGGUGUGAAGAAAAUGGCUGUCAUGGAUUAUCAGUUGUAUAUUUUGGACUCUGAAGACAUUCUGAGUGUGUGGGACCUGCAUUUUGUUGUCAUGAUUCACUGCUGGCCAGAUCUCACCAUUCAUGACUUUGAACUCACCACUGAGUGCGGCUCUGCUUCCAUGGUGGCCCAAGACAAGGGCAGCAUGAGAAUGAUCACACUGACGAAGCAAGAAAACAGUCGGAUCAGCUCCCUUCAAAUAAGAUUUCUGCCCUCCAUGAAUGUUUGCUACUCUCUGGACGUCUCCUCAGUCUCCUGUCUUGUCCAAAUUAAAACAAAUAUGGAUACAAUUUAUUUUGUUGAAGGGAUGUGCGAGAACACAGAAAGUCGAGGAGAGCCUGUAGCUUCCGUUGCGGUCAGAUGUCUCACAGAGGCUUUACCUGAGAACAGACUUAGUAGACUUCUUUACAAACACAUGUUUGAGGAGGCCGAGCAGUUUGCCAUCACAUUUGACCUUGAUUUAGAGCUCGUCUACAAAGUGAAGCUCAGCUUUGUGCUGGAGCAGCUGGCCUCUGCUUCAGUGGGUGGAUACGGACAGGAUGUGUGGUCUGAACUUGUAGAAGAGGCCAAAACCAACCUGGCGAAAAUCACUGAUGAGCAGUAUGUGGUGGAGUACUGCCUCAAAGCUCCCUGGCCGACCUUUGAGACCGCAGAGAAGAUGCUGAACCACGUCGCCUCGCAGUACUCCUCCUUGCAGAUCCAAGAGGCCUUGGCCAGACUGGCAACAUUCUGCAACCUCCAUGGCUUAGACAAUUUCAAUGGAAUUGCCUGGAUUGAGUUUCUAAACAGCACUGACAAUCUGGGAGAUGUUUUGACUCAUCUAAGAGAGGGAGACAUGAAGGGCGCGCAGCUCCUUUGGCUCAGAUACGAGGGGCAGAUUGCUGAAGAGUUUAAUGAAAAUGGUUUGGAAGCAAUCCUCAACGCCAUUCCUGAGGACCUGCCCUCCCAAGACCUCUGUCCAUGGUUCAGGAUGGCGUUUGUCCCUUUUGUGAGAAGAGUCCUCCCAAAGGGACAGAGGACUUUGGCAAGGUGGCUUGAGCAGAAGGCAAGAAAUUUGGAGUUAACUGAAAAGGCUUCUUGGCCUCAAAAUGGGCUGGACCUGGCAAUGAUUGGACUUCCCUCUUUAUGGACCUGGAUGGCAUCUGUAGAUGAUAACGAUGACGCAAAGGAGUUGGAGAACCUGAAAUCCCUCGUGUCCAACCUCCGUAUGCUGCUUGACCUCCACCAGAAAUACAGCUGCAGGCUUUCACUCUCAGUAUUUGAGAAGAGAAGUGUAUGGAGUGUGGCGUUCUUCAUGCUGGAUAAAGUUCCUGCUCCAGAGCUGAUUGCUGCUACAGUGGAAAACAGCAUUAAGCCAUAUGCCAAAGAGCACAAGAUACCCUUUAAUGAAUUAUUGAUGCAGUACAUCAAGGAUCUGCUGGAGCGCUGCAGUUCUCGGAUCGCAACACUUUUCACAGAAUGGGAAGCCAAAGCAGUGGCGGUGCUCGACUGCAUGACUGACACUGAUCUGAUGGUCGACGCUGUACUGGAGAUCAUGCAGAAAGCUGUGGUACCCUGGAGCAAUGUGGUGGAGACUCUUGUGCAGCAGUACCUUGAGAUGAAUGGACCAAAGCAAGAGCUUUUGAAGGAGAAUUAUCAUCUGAUGGAGAUUAGGAAAUUACUCGGGGGAUACGGCAUCCGCAACUCCAGUCACACUAACAGCACUGAAGUCAUGACAGUGAUUCGACACAUCCUGAAACAAGACCUAACAACAUCUUUAGAGGACACCCUGAUGUUAGCAGAGGCGUAUAAAUUGCAGACAUCACAGAUAAAUUACUUGUAUCUCAUCCAGCUGACAAGCCAAAAUAAGACUGAGGAGGUCCUGACCAUCUUGAAGAGGCUGACAUGUGCAGAAGCAGAGUGUGCGAUUGAGCGUCUCACUUGUUGGGCUCGGCUGCAGCUGGAGGACAAACAACACAUAUCUGAAGAGCACAAGAAACACAAGAUGGUUGUUGCUCAAGUAAUGGUGGAGGCUCUAAAAUAUCUGCAUUUAAUCCAAAAAAAUGAUUCUCUUAAAAGCAUGGAGUGCGAGAACAACCUCAUUAUGUUCCAGGCGAUCGCCCACCUACAAGAGGAUUUUGAUGUUUUCUUCACCCCCUCCAACUACGAGGAUCCAAAUAUCCGAAAACAAAUGAAGGAGCACCACAUUACAGCUUACGAAAAUACUCGAGUUCGCCAUUCUUUUAAUGGGAAAGCUUUAUCGACACCAGUUGUGUCUAAUGACCCAGAUGGAAAGACCAAGACGAUCUCAACAGAAGCUGGAUUACGCCGGCUCGGACGGCAGCUGCAGCGCACCGAACAGGAACUCUGGUCUGAUUUAGGUCUACGAGCUCUGAGAGUGGGUAACGUGGACAAGGCUCUGAAGAUAUUCAGUGAGCUUUAUGAGCACCACAAUAACAGCAGUACGGGGAAGGUUUUGUUCACUGCUGCCAAAACUUUAUGCCAGAUGUUGGAGGCAGAUGACCCUAUGGUGCUUCCUGAUGGCAUGGAUUUACCAGCAGUCAUCCACAGUUUGGCCUGUCAGGCCAUUACUUUGUGUCACGCAGAUUUGCUGCUGGACUGCCUGGAGCUUUGCAAGUGCACCCGGAUAGCAAUGGAUGUGUAUCAUCAGUGUCAGUUAUCAGACAACUAUGGCUUCAUAUCCAAAGACUUGAGUUUGGAGUCGGAAAAAGAUCCUUUUUCACAGUGGAGUUUUCAGGACGUUUUUAACGAAGACUGCAUCGUGUUGGAUUCAGGGUCUGUGCUCCCUGUGCAGUACGAAAUAACCAACUGCUUGCUGCCUAUUUCUCAGGAUACUAAACUGUUUCCGCUGGACUGCUCCUGUCUGCCACACUGCUCAUUUGAAGAUGGUGCAAACUACCUGCGGUCCCUCCUCGAUCCCCUGACCAACAUGUUGCAGAUGCUACAGGAGUCCAGUCAGCUGGAGUUGGCCCUCAGAGUUCUCGUCAACUCUUACAGCAGCGGCUUGCAGCAUGUCACCUCUAAUAUUAUGGACGUAAAACUAAGUAUGCAGCUUUAUGAUGCACAAAAUCUUAAAAACUACAACAUAUGCCUGAAUGAGCUUCGAAAAAUGACAACAUUCUCCCUAAACUCUGUGGUUGUUGGCCUUUUGAACAAGGUGUUCAACUGGAGGAUGGUGGAUUGUGAUUUGGCUAUUGGUCUUUGUACACUCCUCUCUAAAGCAGAAGUCUUCAAAUUACUGUGGAAAGUUAUCGAUAACACUUGGCAAAACUAUGACAAAGUAUUGGCGGUGGCAAGGAUUGGAGCCAAUCUUUGCUGCUUGUAUAAUGAACCAGAGGAACAAAGGAAGUUUCUCUCCGUCAUCACUGAUUCAGAGUGGGGAGUCAAGCUCAGCAAAUUAGAGAUAUCUAUCCAGCCUGUGUUUCGUCAACAACCUGAGAUGAAGAGCAGCCUGAUCCCCGAAAUGGUGAAGAAUAAGAAGAUCACUCCAGAUAUUAUUCUUCAGUACUGCAGCACCUUUGGUUUGGACUGCGACCGUGUGAUCAACCAGUAUAUAACCACCUUACUGCUGCUCCAAGUAGAUGAAAACCGUGAAGAUGUCAUGCUCUCAGACCAGGAAGAGACGCAGCCUCUGUGUGAGGCCGAUACACUAGAUCGAGUCCUGCAGAUCAUCCCAAUGCUGCACAGCACCAGCGAGCUCACCAACAGUCUCUGUACCGCCAUAUUCAAGCUCAGCCCUUACAACUUCGAGAGAAUCGAAGUGGUGCUCAAGAUCAUACAGACUGCAGAUGAGAAUGUGACCAUCUUCUCUGUUAGUCAGGCAAUGGGCCUUCUUCAGCACCUGAAGGCUUACAAACGAGUCUCUCCUCCCUCGGACGUGGAGCACACGUAUCUUCUUGAAAAUGGGCUGCUGCCAGACUCCCUGUCAAACAGCAGGCUCCCCUUCCACCUUCUCAUGCAGACCAAACAUUACUGGAAGAUUAUCUCUCCUGAGCUGAGUGAUGAGACGUUCCCCACACUGCUUUUAAUAAGCAAACUUAUGAAGGUGAGUCUUGACAAGUUGUACAUGUCAGCAGCAAACCACAUGUUUGAAAAGAAAAUGAAGCCUCUAAUUUUGGAGCAAAGAAAGAGGGGUGAAGAUCAAGGCAACAGUGAGAUUUAUAAGGUGGCCAAGACCAUGAUGAAAUACAUUCAGUGCAUCCAGAGUCCAGAGUGGGCUGCAGCUACGGCUCAUAAGAUAACCCAGGAGAUUCCACCAGGCUUUGAGAAGAUGACAGCACUGAAGUUAUGUUUGUCACUUGGAGAGGCAUGGCUUAAAGAUCCAAACCAAGAGGAGGCUGCACGGGCCCGAGGAGAGACCUUCCUGUCCAAACUGAAGCUGCAGUUUCAGCAUUCUGCUACUGAGAACACACUGAUCACCAGUCAGCUGAACAGCCCAGAGCAUCUGAAACUGACCGGCAUGCCAGCGAGGCUCAUCUUGGCCCUGUACGAGCACAGCAGUGUGGAACUGCGUUACAGCGAGACAGGAGAUCAAACUUAUCCUGACAUACAUGCUGCAGUAAAGGAAAUUGCCACAAUCAAUAACGUGGAUCUUGUGAAAAUUCGUAACAUGCUGUUAGAAAAGUGGAUUUGCAAAACUGGUCCAGCUGUGUCCAAGGACAUGGGAAAUCAAGACUGCAUCACUGACAUUGAGGAGGAUCCAGACCUAAAGAGGGUGGUCUACAUGCUGCAGUCCAGCUCUAAGGAUGAUGCUGUUCGUCUUCUGAAGCCUGUUCUGACUGCUAAAACCUGGCCGCUAGGCACCUCUGGACCUCAUCUGACUUUCUGUCAUCGAACCCGAGCUCUGCUUUGUCUCGUCCAUCUCGCCGAUGCAGCAACGCUGGAGGCCCAGUUGCAGAUCCCGAGGGCCAAACUUAGGAAUUAUCUAAAGUGCUACAUCUUUGUGUCUCAACUGGAAGCCUUGAGCAUCCCUUACACGGUUCAGUCCUUCCUCAACACUCCCAAAGAGGGUUUGAUUAAAGGAUUGUGGAAAAACCACAGUCAUGAGCCGCAGGCGGUUCGUCUGGUGGCCGACUUGUCUCUGGAGUACCAGGUCUAUGAUUCUCAGCUGUGGAACAGUCUGCUUCAGAAGCUGUUGGGCUUUAACUUGAUCAGUCACCUCCAGAAGGUGCUGGGAGCUAUUGUGGCUGUGCCAGCUUUGUGGGAGAUUUCCAGUUUCUCUAGGACUUGGAGGAGCGCGUUACUGGCACCUUUUGUCACAGCUUCAGUUCCCCUGAGUCCGGAUCAACAAGCAAUUCUCUACAAGACCUUUGUUCUCCUGCUCAAGUGCCCCUUCCUGCUAAAUCUGGACUUGAUAGGAAUAGCAAACCGCUUUGCUCAGUUUAAUCUUCCUGCUUUCGCCCUGGGAACGCUGCUUCUCGUCCCCUCCGCCAGUAAAAAGGAGCAGCAGAUCCAGGGCUUUCUGUCCAGCUGUAACCCAGUCGCCGUCCUCGAGCAGGUGGAUGAACUCAUGAACACCGGAGAACUGGCUGGAGUCCCUUCACAGGUCAGGGAGACGGUAUUAACCUUCAUGAGUCAAAAUGGACAGCUCCUAAAACUGGUCAAAACAAAACACUUGGACCAUCUGAAGCAGCUCGUCGUGUCACGUGCUCAGCCUAACCAGGUGAAGGUCUUGGUGGAUUACCUGAUCAGCCACAACUGUCAGGAGGAUGCUGAUUCUCUCGCUCGUGAUUAUCUGAAGCACACAGAGCUUCGAGGGAAAACGCUGCUAAAUGGCUCCGUUUCACACGGCUCCCUGAAGGAGUUUCUUAAAGUGGAAAAUGGAGAAUCUGGAUAA